AUGUCUGCCGAGUCGUCCAUGUUCAAAAUUGGUGACGUCGUGACUUCCUCCAGCAGCGGCGCAAGUAGAAGUGAACUGGACGUUGAAGAGCUCCGACUACCGAAGGAUUUCUAUUGGGGGGCCGCCACGGCAGCUUACCAAAUCGAAGGUGGUACUGAUCAAGAUGGAAAAGGAAAGUCAAUUUGGGAUGCUUUCACUCACUUGGACCCUUCUCGGACGAACGGAGAAAAUGGGGAUGUCGCUUGUGACCAUUACAAUCGGGUUUCCGAUGAUGUCGAACUCAUGGCUUCAUUAGGACUGGAAGUCUAUCGCUUCUCAAUUUCCUGGACACGUCUUAUCCCUCUAGGGGGGCGCCAUGAUUCCAUAAACGAGAAAGGUAUAGCAUUCUACAGCAACCUAAUCGACCAGCUGCUAGCACACAACAUCGAGCCACUGGUUACCCUAUAUCACUGGGACGCACCUCAAACCAUUUACGAGCGAUAUGGCGCGUUCCUUGAUACAACUGAGUUCAUAAAAGACUUUGCGCAUUUUGCCAGGCUUUGCUUCUGCCGCUUCGGCGACCGUGUUAAAAGAUGGAUAACUUUCAACGAGCCAUACAUCAUCUCUAUCUUUGGUCACCACAGUGGGGUUCUGGCUCCCGGUCGUUGUGCCCAUGUGGGCACCGACACAAAAACAGAGCCAUGGCUAGUUGGUCACACUAUCAUUCUUGCGCACGCAACUGCUGUCAGGUUGUAUACAGCCGAUUUCCAGCCGACUCAGCGCGGAGCGAUCUCCAUCGUGCUAAACAGCCACUUCUACGAGCCGUAUAAUGUCAGGAGCAGGGCUGACGUCGAUGCAGCUCAGCGUCGGCUGGAGUUUUAUGUUGGUUGGUUUGGAGAUCCCAUUUUCUUAGGAAAGGAUUAUCCUAGCGCUAUGCGAGAAUAUCUGGGGUCAAGGCUACCAGAAUUCACCCCCGAUGACCUUGGACUCCUACAGCAGACAGCUCGAGCGAAUGCGUUUUAUGGCAUGAAUCAUUACACGACAAAGUAUGCCCGCGCCCUAUUGGGACCUGCUGCCAGCGAUGACUGGACGGGAAAUAUUGAAGAAACAGCCAUCAACAGCGAGGGAAGGGAGAUCGGCCCAGCCUCUGGGGUUCAGUGGCUCCGGACAGCUCCGCAAGGAUUCCGAAAGUUGAUGAACUGGGUAUGGGAUCGUUAUCACCUUCCCAUCAUCAUCACGGAGAACGGAUGCCCCUGUCCCGGCGAGGACAAAAAAGAAAUAGCUGUGAACGAUCGCUUUCGACAGAAUUACUACGGAUUAUACCUGGACGCUAUUUCUCGGGCAAUAUUCCAGGAUUCGAUCCCAGUUGAGGGUUAUUGUGCCUGGUCACUUGUGGACAAUUUUGGUUCGUUCGCUCCUUACCACUAUGUGCUCUUUGAGACGAUAGUGUACUUUACUGUCGUUACUAAUACUCACCAGAGUGGUCUGCUGGUUACGGGCCUCGGUUUGGUAUCGUGCAUGUUGAUUACUCGACCCAGAAACGAACGCCCAAAGGCUCUUCCUUUUACCUCAAAAGAACAAUGA